AUGCCCCCGGGGGCCGGCCAUCGCCGGGAUGGCGACAGCCCAUCACCCUCGCCGUUCCAGAGGCCGUCCCAGGGUGGGGACGGGAGCAUCCUGACGCAGCUCAUUCGGCUGAACAGCCGCCUCGAGGAACCGACCCUGCCGCGGGUGCUCCGGAAUCAGAACGCGGCCUCACCCGAGUCCGAGCCCGCGUCGCCGCGAACCCCGCGAACCCCGCGGGCGUCGCAGGACCUCGGUACCCUGACGCCUGGAUUCACUCCGGAAACCAUGACCCCGCGGCGCGAGAAGCGUCGGUGGUACAAGAAACCACCGAACACGUCGACGUCCACGUUGGUGGGCGUUGGGGGCAGCGGCGCCUUGAGCAGCCCAGCCUCGGGCGCGGCCCUCUCGGCGGCCUCCAAACGCCGCAACCAGCAGGGCCGGAAGCCCGAUCUGCGGCUGGAGGAUGAGAUCCGGGUGACGCUGCAGAUCGCCGAGAUCAUCGCGCGGCAGCGGUACAUCAUGCACCUGUGCCGCGCGCUGAUGAAAUUUGGGGCGCCUACCCAUCGGCUGGAAGAGUACAUGCACAUGACCGCCAAGGUGCUCGGCGUCGACAGCCAGUAUCUGUACGUGCCGGGGUGCAUGAUAGUCUCCUUCGACGACGCGACCACGCGCACGGCGGAGGUCAAGCUGGUGCGCGUUGCGCAGGGCGUCGACCUAGGCCGGUUAGCUGACACCCACAACGUGUACAAGAACGUGGUGCACGAUGUGAUCGGGAUCGAGGAGGCCACACAAGAGCUGGACGAGAUCAUGGCAAGUCGGCCCCGGUUCAACAAGUGGAUCAUCGUGCUAGUGUACGGCCUAGCCACAGCCAUGGUCGGGCCGUUUGCCUUCGACGCCCGUCCCAUCGACAUGCCCAUCAUUUUCUGCAACGGCGCCCUGCUGGGCAUCCUGCAACAUGUCCUCGCGCCCCGCAGCGUGCUCUACUCCAAUGUCUUCGAGGUCACGGCCGCCGUGCUGACCUCCUUCAUCGCGCGCGCCCUCGGCAGCAUCCCGUUACGCACGUACCCCUCCGGCGACCGCGACUACCUCUUCUGCUUCAGCGCGAUCGCGCAGUCCAGCAUCGCGCUCAUCCUCCCAGGGUACACCGUCCUCUGCAGCAGUCUCGAGCUCCAGUCCCACCAGAUCGUCGCGGGAUCCAUCCGCAUGGUCUACGCCAUCAUCUACUCCCUCUUCCUCGGCUACGGCAUCACAGUCGGCACAACCAUCUACGGCCUCAUCGACCGACGCGCCACCUCCCAGCUCACCUGCCCCAACACCAACGCCGCCUGGUCCGGCGAAUACGCGCAACGCUUCCCCUUCGUCGCCGCCUUCGCCGCCUGCCUCCUAGUCGUCAACCAAGGCAAGUGGCGCCAAGCCCCCAUCAUGGUCACCAUCGCCGAAGCAGGCUACGUCGCCAACUACUUCGUGACCAAGCGCAUCGGCACCGCCAACCAAGUCGCCAACACCGUCGGCGCCUUCACCCUCGGCACAAUCGGCAACCUCUACAGCCGCCUCUGGCACGGCCACGCCGCAACCGCCAUCCUCCCGGGCAUCUUCGUCCUCGUGCCCUCCGGCCUCGCCGCCUCGGGCUCCCUCAUCAGCGGGAUCAACUCCGCCAACGAGAUCCGCGGCAACGUCUCCAGCUCUGGGAAUCAGGGCGGCACGGGCAUCAACAUGUCUCAGGAUCAGCGGUCCGUUGAUCUCGGCUAUGGUAUGGUCCAGGUGGCUAUCGGUAUUACCGUGGGACUGUUCAUUGCCGCUUUGGUGGUUUAUCCGUUGGGGAAGAGACGGAGCGGCUUGUUCAGUUUUUAG